AUGGUAUUAUGUUCUGAACAUGAACAUAAAUUAGAAACACUUUUUCAACAUAUGAAAAAUGAAUUCGAUAGCGGCGAAACAAAUAUUCUAGUCUUUAGUCAUCUAUUACGAAAGAUGGGUAAAUUAGAUGAUGCCGAAAAAUAUUAUCGUCGUUCUCUUAGCACAUUUUCAUAUGAUGAUUCAAAUAAAGCACUUUGUUAUCAUGCAUUAGGUCUUGUUGCUGAUGAUAAAGGUGAUUAUGAAUCAAGUUUAAUAUGUAUUGCUAUUAUUUAUCAAAGCAAAGGUAAUUAUAAUCUUGCAUUAGAAUCAUAUGAGAAUGUAUUGACUAUUUGGAAAGAAGUUUUUGGUGAAGAUCAUCCUCAUGUUGCUAUAUGUCUUAAUAAUAUAAAAAAAGCAUUGGUUAUCUUUCAAAAACAUCUUCCAGCUGAUCAUUCAGAUUUAGCUUCAAUCUAUGGAAGUAUUGGUAAUAUUCAUUUAUGUCUUGGUCAUCAUAAUCAAGCAUUACAAUAUUAUGAUCUUUCAUUGAAAAUCUAUGAAAAAUGUCAUCCAUCUCAACAUCCUGAUAUUGCUAUAACAUUGAGUAAUAUUAGUAGUGUUUAUGAAGAUAAGAAUGAAUAUCAACAAGCACUUGUUUAUCUUGGACGAGCAUCAGAUAUUUAUCAUGAUUUGUUACCUUCAACACACCCGAAUGUUAUUCAACUUGAACAGAGUAUUAAACGUGUUUCAGAAAAGUUAAAAUAA